CAUCCUAGAGGUGCCUACAUUCGCCAUUCAGUCAAUUAAACUUUUCUGUCACGAUGAAUGAACUAUUAACCAAUGUACUAAAGCAAUGUAAACGAUGAACUGCCAAAUGAUAGCGUUCAGCCAAUGACAUUCCUAGUGAAAGAUCAGAAAAUAGAAACAAAAUUAUUUGUCGCUGUUUUGGUGACUGAUGUAACAAUACCAGUCGUGUGAAAAACAGGAAUUUUGAUAGAGACCUUUAAAAAGAUGAAGGGAAAAUAUUAUGUUUGGUGAAUAACUUACUCGCGUCAUGGAUUAACAGGAAAGAAAACUGAAGGAAGAAAAUAUUGCACACAUGCAGUGCAACAUCUUUACCAGUUUUGUCUGCCAAGUGACGAGAGGACGACUGGCCGCAGUACCCGCGAGGCAAGCCCUGGACGGCCCUGAGGCGAGGCGGAGGAUCCCAUGGCGGGCGCGGCCUUGAGUCUCCUGGCGGCAGUUGUCGCUCUGACGACGUCCUCGGCCCUGCUGCCCCACGACGCCACGGAGCAGCAGAGGGCAUUGAGCAAGAGCCUCCAGCGCAAUGACCGUGGCCAUCUCGCCCACGCCACGGCCCUCGAUGCCCUUCGGGAGGCCCAAGAGGACGACGAAAGGCGCGGGCGCAGCAUCGCCUCCCCGUUCGUGCGGGACGGAGAGGGCGGAGGAGGGGAAGGCUGGCCCAUCUUUUACAAGGAAAAUAAAGAGAUGAGAAAGGAGAGGCAUCGCACUCCAGGAAACAACAAAAAUAAGAAGCAAGGUACGAAGAAGAAGAAGAAGAAAAGGAAAAAGAAAAAGAUGAAGGAAAUUGAAGCCAAACUGCUGCCGACGAUGUCUCUGAGGAAAAUUUACUGGGAACCGGAGCCCCUGAGAAGGACCUGGGAGGUGGAGGAAGCCGUGGAUCCUGUCAAGGUAUCCUGCAGGGACGACGAGUGGGCGUGCGUCGACGGGUCGAUGUGUGUCCCGAAAAAUGUGACCUGUUCCGGUGUGGCUGAGUGCCAGGACGACUCCGACGAGGCGGUGGCGCUGUGUGGGUGUCUGCCGAACGAGUACAACUGCGGCGACCAGUGCAUCGACGCCCUCAGCAGGUGCGACACCGUGCGGGACUGCGACAACGGGCGCGACGAACACAACUGCGAGACGUACGUGUGUCCGAGCACCCACACCAAGUGCGCCAACUCCCUGUGCAUCCCGCUGGACGCCGUCUGCAACCUGGUCGACGACUGCGGCGACGGAUCCGACGAGCAGGAGUGCCCUUACCGCACCUGUUACUACCUGGAGUUCGUGUGCGCCAACGGCGAGUGCGUGCGGCCCGGGCGCGUGUGCGACGGCGCCCCAGACUGCGUCGACGAAUCCGACGAGGCCAACUGUACCGUAGCGGACUUCGCGAUCUGUGGCAACGGCAGGCGCGUGCACAGGCACUGGUGGUGCGACGGGUGGACUGACUGCAAAGACAAUCACGCCGACGAACUCAACUGUGGACCGUGUAACGCCAGGCAGUACAGCUGUUCCGACGGCCAGUGCAUAUCAGCUGGCAACGUGUGUGACUCCCAGUGCGACUGCGUGGACUGUGGCGACGAGACAGACUGUGAGGAAUAUUACACUGUCAACUCAGGAGUCCCAGAGUGCCACAAGGGCGUGGCACUGACUUGCGUAGUGUCCCCACUCGACAGGAGGAAAGACAGAUGCAUUGCCGCCCGGAACAUCUGCGACGGAUUCAACGACUGCCACAACGGAGAGCAGGUGUCGGACGAGUACGGUUGCCUGAACGAGAGCGCCAGCUGCGCGCGGCUGGAAGACCAGCAGGGCACGCUGUUCCCGUGCUCCGACGGCCGCUGUCUGCCCGCACACCUGCGCUGCGACGGCAAGAGGGACUGCCUGCGCGGCGAGGACGAGGACCAGUGCGGCGAGGGCGUCUGCGGGCGCGGCGAGUGGCGCUGCGGCGGCGGCCAGUGCAUCGCGGAAACCAGCCGCUGCGACCUGGAGCUGGACUGCGAGGACAAGACGGACGAGAUGAACUGCGGGGAGCACGUAUGCCCGCCGGGGAAGAUGCAGUGCGACUCGGGCCAGUGCUUGGAGGCCAAAUACUGGUGCGACCACUUCGUCGACUGCUUCGACGAAUCGGACGAGAGCGAUUGCGGUGAGUGCGACUCGAAAAUGAGAAAAGGAUUCAAACCCAUGCGCUUACAGACCCUCGGGCACGCGUUACCACUGUCCGUGCACAGAGAUUCUUUACAAGUUCGCACAUACCUGGGGUAUCCCGUGAACAAGAAACUGACAUUAAGAAAUCUGUCUGUGGACUUAGUCUCUGAGGGUGACGCGCACAGGAUAUUUUCCCUUUGCAGUAAAUAUGAGGCCAACUGUACCUCUGUUGUUUAUGACACUAUUUCUUAUGGUAGUGUCCAUUUUCCUUUUUCUCUGUGCAUCGCCCUCGGUAACAUUAACCUGCGUUUAAGAUGUGCUUGUGUCACGGCAUAA